UCAUUCCGGACACAUGAUGAACAUGGCUCACAUUCGAUGUCCAGAUUUAGCAUGGUUUCUUCUCCUGCAGUCAGUUAUGCUACAUGCCCUGUGCCAUGACGAGACGACCCGUAAUGUAUAUAUGAUAGGAUUUAUGGAGAACCAGAUUUUGAACGCGCCCAACUCUUCCUGUAAAUUAUCCUUACACAUUGUUAAUACAGGUGAAAAUACCACCUGUGUUAAUUAUCAAACAAAAGGUACACAGCUCUCAAGUAUUUCACUUCCAGGCAGAACAACACGAGUUGUACCUUUUUCAGAAGAGUACAUGGUGAGAGGGUCUGAUAAGACACAGCGGGGUAUCAGGGUGGAAUCUGGUGACGGAGUCAUUAUUUAUGGUGUAAACCGUUUCAAUGAAACUAACAAGGGUUCGAUGGACGGGUUCCUGAGCAUUCCUGUUACGUAUGCUGAUACUUGUUUCUAUGCAGUCACUUUAUCAAAUUUGUCACAAAUUUUGUUAGUUGGUACAGUCAAUGGCACUUCAGUGAACGUCACACUUCGAACAAACUGUAGGGUAAAUUACAACCAAAGACCUAACAGCAAUGGGACAGUGAUAAAUACAACACUGGAUGAAUACGAAACGUUACAACUGCAAUGUAGUAAGGGAUUUUUAACAGGAACAUUCAUUCAAGCAUCGCAUCCAGUAAGUGUAUUCAGUGGAAAUAAACGACAAAAAAUAUUGACAGUCCCCACCACAUUGGGCCAUUUGGUGGAACAAAUACCUUCUGUGAAUAGUUGGGGUAUGUACUUUGUGAACAUUCCUCCAACAGUUUGA